ACAGAGGAGGGAGACCCCUCAACACCGGGGCAGCCCUCCAGUACGUCAGGGAGAACAUCUUUACAAAAUCCUCCGGGAGUAGGCACCUGCAAGGUGUACCGCAGAUGUUGAUCCUUCUAAAUGGUGGAAGGUCUUUUGACAAUGUAGAUACCCCAGCCUCUGCUCUCAAACAGCAGGGCAUCUUUGUGAUUGGCAUUGGAUCAAAGAGCUCUGACAUUAGAGAGCUGCGAAAGAUAUCAUCUGACCCUAAUCUCGCUUUAUCCGUGUCUGAGUUUACUGACCUCCCCAGUGUGCAAGAGCAGCUCUUCUCUGAAAUGAGCAAAGUGCUAGUGAGGGCCACGCCCAUGACACCAACAGUAACUGUGGAGAAACAGCCAUCGGGAAGGGAUGUUGUGUUCUUGUUGGAUGGAUCUGAUGGUACUGGAACGGGAUUCCCAGCUAUGCGAGACUUUGUCCAAAGAGUAGUAGAGACACUGAGUGUGGAUGACAACAAAGACCGCGUCUCAGUGGUUCAGUACAGCAGUGAUCCAACCGUCCAGUUCUAUCUGAACACGUACACGACAAAAAGCGAAAUCCUUGACGGUGUCAGAGGUUUGAGACACAAAGCGGAAAACCCUCAACACUGGAGCAGCUCUCCAGUACUUGAGGAUAAUGUUUUCACGGCCUCUGCCGGAAGCAGGCGCCUGGAAGGAGUUCCACAGGUCCUAAUAUUGCUAAGUGGUGGAAAGUCUUUUGACAGUGUCGAUGGCCCCGCUUCUGCUCUCAAACAGCUGGGUGUCUUGACCUUUGCAAUUGGAACCAGGAGCUCUGAUAGCAGAGAAUUACAGAAGAUAACCCAGGAUCCCAGUUACACUCUAUCUGUGUCUGAAUUCACUGACCUUCCCAGUGUCCAACAGCAACUUCAGUCCUCCGUGGAGGCUGUGGUAACUGACAUCAUCCCAGAGUCACCAACUGUUCUUGGUAUGUUAAGUAGCAUGGUCUCUUGCCUGUAGGGCUACCUGACUUUUUUCACUCACACUGAGGGAAAGAAAUUAAGUGUGACACGUUUGUAGCUUCCAUGUGUGCAUUUGAGAGAGGUGGGGUCUGCUUUACUGCUGUCUAAAAUCUGAGUAGCCAGUGCUAGGUGCUUUCGGGAAAAAAAAGUAAUACAGAAAAAUAAAAAGAUACUCCACCACAUGAUGAUGAGUAGUUCACAAGCAUAGGUUUGGGAAACUAUUUCAUUUUUUUUCUUCCUGUCUUUUCUCAGUGGACACGGCCAAAAAGGAUAUUGUAUUCCUUCUGGAUGGUUCUGAUGGCACAGGGACUGGCUUCCCUGCCAUGCGUAAUUUUGUUGAGAGAGUGGUGGAG